AUGACAACGAACGAUAUACUGCCGGGUGACAAUGCCUACGAUGAAGUUAUUUACGAACGAGACCUGGCUCGAUCAGUUCCCUUAGAUAACUAUGUAGAAAUGUAUCCAUCGGAUCCAAAUGGAUAUAUAGGUACAUCCAAGAAUGGAACAUACAAUAUCGUUUCGAAAGAUUACGGAGAUCAUCAAGUGAAUUAUUAUGUUCCAAGAGAAUAUGGAGAUGAAUUUGGCAUACAACAAUUGGAAGAAAUGUCACUUGUCAAUGAUCAACCAUAUCGGAAUUCUGCAGGAUAUAUUCCACGACGAAUGUACCAACCGUAUGAUGAGUUUGAUCCGAAUAAUGGAGUUGAAUAUGUCGAAGAAGUACCAAUGAUGAUGACGCCGCGUACAAUGGUUAACGUAUCACCAAGACGACAAAGGCAACCACAAGUCAUUAGACAAGUUUAUGAGCCGACAUUACCAAUACCAACCGAAACAGUUGAAUAUGUAUACGAAACACAACCACCACCUAUCAUUGAAGAAGAAACAGAAUACAUCAUUGAACAACCUGUGUAUGUCGAAGCGCCUCAACCUACUCCACGCACUGUUAUUAUUAAACAGCCACCACCACCACCUCCGCCACCUGUACAACGAACUAUCAUCAUCAAAGAGCCUCCUCCGCCCGCUUCACCACCUGUACACACGGUCAUCGUUCAAGAACCUCCUCCACCUCCACCUCCGCCUGCACCUGCACCUGUUCAGUCACCUCGUCGUAAGGUUCUGGUCGCACGAACACCUCCUCCUGAAUCUCCUCUGCCGCCUCGACGAACAAUGGUUGUAUCGAGAUCCCCAUCUCCAGAUCCGGCUAAAUCUUCACGUCGCUCGCUUGUCUUUCCAAAAUCGCCACCCAUUCCGACUUUGAGAAAUGCGAGUCGACGCACUGAAGUAGUUGAAACAUAUUCGUCUCGCACUGCACGAACAAAUCAACCACUACAUGAACAACCACUUUCACUAAUGGAAGUUGUCGCACAGAAUCGAGCCAACCGACGCGGAAAAGUACCCAAACCACGACGUGAAGUUUCUGAAGAUAAAUUAUAUGAUCUUCCCACUUAUCACAAGAACAUCAUUAAAAAUGGUUUUAUGGUUCAUAAAUAA